AUGCUUACAGGUUUGCAUUUUGAUUCUGCGUAUGUGUUUAGUAGAAGUGCUUUCAAACUGUUCGGCGAAUUGCCCCAAAGAGAUGCUUUUGUGAAUAUUUUGAAGGAAAGCAUUGUUUCUUACAUUGAAGUCGAGAUUGGAUUAACUACUGGAAGCCACUUUCAGCCUGACGUAGUCAGAAUCUGUCACACAAGGCAAAUUCCUGGUUUAAAACAGGACCCAUUGUGCUUUUCAAGUGCCAAAUUGCAUAGAAAGAAAGCGAUUACUUGCAGAGCUAUCAAAGCUGAAGAUGUCUCCUAUAAGCCCAAGGAACGUAAAAAGAAUGGACCUUUGGUUAAGAUGUGUGGCAUUACAUCUGCUAGAGAUGCAGCUAUGGCAGCAGAAGCUGGUGCUGAUUUUAUUGGGAUGAUCAUUUGGCCCAACUCUAAACGCUCUGUUUCACUAUCUGUUGCCAAGGAGAUUUCAAGAGUUGCAAGAGAUUAUGGGGCACAGCCCGUUGGGGUGUUUGUGGAUGAUGAUGCAGACACAAUAUUAAGAGCCGCUGAUGCAUCAGACCUUGAACUUGUUCAGCUUCAUGGAGAUGGUUCCCGAGCAGCUUUUCCAGUAUUAGCCCAAGAUCACCGUAUAAUAUACGUUCUUCAUGCUAAUGAAGAUGGAACUCUUCUCAACCAGAUUUCUGCUGAGCAAUGUUCUCUGGUUGAUUGGGUUCUUGUAGAUAGUGCAAAGGGUGGUAGCGGUAAGGGAUUCGAUUGGAGCCAGUUUAAGCUACCAAAUAUUAGAAGCAAACAUGGGUGGCUCUUGGCAGGAGGGAUAAAGCCUGAGAAUGCUUGUGAGGCUCUUUCUACCCUCAAACCUCAAGGAAUUGAUGUUAGCAGUGGCAUUUGCGGCCCGGAUGGCAUCCAGAAGGACGAAUUGCGAAUAUCUUCCUUCAUGAGUGCAGUACAUUCAGUAAACUACUGA